CGGUGUUGCACAACGAUGGGUUACAUGACCUCACAUUGAGACGCAUUUGGUCGUUACCUGACAUGAGCGUUGCUCAGGAUGCCGGCAACAAGAUGUGUUUUGUCUCGUUUGAAGCGGUUUUCUUUAAAUCACGGAUUAUUCUCUCAUGACACUGCGAAGAACUUGAGAGGACUGAACCAUGUGAGACCCCUCACUCUGACCAGUUCGGGUUGGGCCAGAUCCACCAAACAGGAGGAUGAAGAGAACAAUGAGCCUAUUAAGUUCUCCACCAGUAAGGCCAAUCAGCAUUCCUGGAAGGUUGAGCGCUCAAUGGGCAGCCACUACCAGCGACCCAUAUGGAAGGUCCUCCCUAUCAGUCUGUUCGGUAUUGGCUUCUUGCUGUGGUGUGCGUUCCGAGAAGAGACGGACAUUGACAAAAUGCUAGAGAAAACUCUCUACGAACAUUUACCAGGCUUCCUCUCAGAUGAAGAGAAGUCCCAAGAUGAUCAAGACAAUACCCCUGGGACUUAAAACUUUUUGUUUUUUUGCCUGAUGUAAAUGCAGUUUGUACAACAGAAUAUGGUUUGGCACCAUCCGAUGAAACAAUGCUAAGUGUAAUGCUAAUGCCGUCCAGUGAGCUGCAAUCCAGCAAGGUGUUUCCCCCCCUCCACAGGGUAGACUCGUGGUAGGGCACCAGAUUAUGCCUUUUAGGCUAAUGCAGCGUUGGUGUCACUUUGACACAUUGUGUGUCAUAGUGGGGAUAAGUUUUCAUAAACGACUAACUUUUCCAAAUUAGCAGACUGGACUGAAAUGUUUUGGAUCAAACCACGCCUCCUUGCUAUAUAAAGUAAACUGAAAUGUACUUUCAAUUUAAGCUUGAUUUCUUUGCACCAGUCUUAAUUUACACACCCCCCAGCACCUGCCCGUAUCAAUUAAAUACAUGAUUUAGUCCUUAUACGCAUUUU